CACACACACACACACGCACGCACAUUUGAACAUAAAUACGUUAAUAUGGUGGUUUUAUAUAUUAAUAAUAGUAUUUCUUUAUUGGCUGAUUUAUAUUCAUAUCAGCCUGGAGGCCCAGGAUCAGCUCUUAUCAUUAAAUUAAGAUAACCCUUCUGAAAAACAAACAAUAGAAACCAUCACAGAAAUGCUAAUGGUUUCCACUACAAAUACUAUUACAAACCAUCAGCUAAUUAUUAUAGCCAUUAACAUUAUUGGUCCUUAAUGGUAUCCACUAGACAUAACGUGACACCAAUAGAAGACUACACAUUACCAGUAGAGACCCACAGGGAACAUUAUAGUUUUCAUUAAAAGCAAUACAAUUCUUAUUAUAACCAUUAAAACCAUUACAAAUUCUAAGAAGGUUUCUAUAGAUUUUUUUCAGCAUGUUGGUUAGUGAUCCCCAUUUAAGCGCAGGGACAUGAGGCACAUCAGGACGUUAGUUGUGGAGGAAAACAAACAAACAAACAGCUCCUUGCCACACAGUCUGUGCCCCAAACCAGGCUUUAUUUAAGGUAUGACCAUAACCAGUAAUGUAAGCCAGCUAAUAUUAGCUUGCUAACAUUUUGCUUACAGAUUAGCUAAAGCUAGUUUAAACUGGCCUUUGUUGAAAAGGUAUAAAUCAUGAAUAAUGGUCAUAUCUGAUCCAGCCACCAGGUUAUUUACCAUAUAUACAGUCAUCAAACAUGAUCAAAUGUUUGCUUGUCCAAAUAUGUCAAAAAAGCCAACAAUUUCCAUGGGGUGUACUUAUUUUUUCACAGUGACUGUAUAUCGAUAUGUAUGUGAUUAUAAAUGAAUAUACACUAUAUGGCCCAAAGAUUGUAAACACCUGAAGAUCACACCCAUGUGUGGGCUUUCCCAAAUCCGUUGCCACAAAGUUGGAAGCACACAACUGUAUAAGAUGUUCUUCGUAUGCUGCAGCACUAUAAUUUCCCUUCACUGGAAUUAAGGGGCUCAGACAUAUUCCAGCAUGACAAUGCCACUUUGCACAAAGCGAGGUCAAGUAAGACAUGAUUUGCCAAGUCUGGUUUGGAAGAACUCAUGUGGCCUGCACAGAGCCCUGACCUCAACAAUUUUGGGAUGAACUGGAACACCGACUGUACCCCAGGCCUCCUUGCCAACAUCAGUUCCUUGACCUCUAAUCCUCUGGUAGCAGAAUGCUGGAAUCCACAUAGCCAUGCUCCAAAAUCUAGUCUUAAGCCUUCCCAGAAGAAUGGAGGUUUUUAUAACAGCAAAAUGGGGAAUAACUCUGGAAUAGGAUGUUCAAAAAGCACAUAUGAGUGUUAUGGUCAGGUGUCUGCAAAAUUUUGGCCAUUUAUGUUUCUUCUUGUUGUUUGUUUUAUGGCAUUAAGGCUGCUGGUUGUAAAUCUUGAUGAUUUGGAGGUAAGAAGUCCAAGUACCAAAUCAAUACACAUUUUGAGAGAUGUCAGUCUUGUGUUGCAAAUUGCCUGCUACAUACUAAAUAGUGUGUCUAAAUAGUAAUGACUCUCACUGGUGUACUGACAUAGGCCUACUACUUUGCAGAGUGGUUUAGAAUGCAGCCAAAUUUAACAAUAAGAGCUUGUAAUCUUCUGCUGCCAUUAUCGUAGUCACUCCUCAGUAAUAUUCAUGAGAAUUAGAAACUUUACUGUGUACAUUAAUGUUACUGAAAGAACAAAACUCUUGCCUGCAAUAAAUUUGUAUUUAGACAGUGUUAGCAGACUAGCUUGCUCUGUCAGCUAUGUGAGUUGUGCUUCUGAUUGUGCUGAUGUCUGACCUAGUUUCUAAAACACACACUCUUGUUUGAACAGAACAGGGUUCUAUGUGCUAAGUGCACUGUUCAUGCAGGACUGUAAUGUGAAUUUACUCUCUACAGUGCUGAAUGCACUGUAGAGUUCGAUGGUACUGUAGCAAGCUAGCUAGCUAACAUUAGCUAUCCUGCUACAAGACAAGGUGGAAGACAAAACUCACACUACUUGGUCCUAGUGACUUGUAGUGUGUGUAUAUUUUUAUUCUACAAUUUGCGUUCUCAUUGUAUUUUGUUAUUUGGCUUAACAGAUAUGAGUCGGUUUCGCUCCCUGGCCUCUCUCAGAGGUCUGUGGAUGAAGGGUCGAAUGGUGGACCCUCACCGAUUCUGCUCCUCUGGAACUCCCCUCAGUACUAGCUAUGUGGAAGAGAUGUACUACGCCUGGCUCGAGGACCACAAAAACGUUCAUGAGUCUUGGGAUGCCUAUUUCCGGAAUGCCCAGGCCAACAGUCCAGGUAGAGAAGCAGGAGAGAGGCGCCCAUCUGCUCUUCUCCAGGGUCGAGCCAUGUCCCAGACUCCUGCAAUGUCUCAGAAAGUGGUGGAGGAUCAUCUAGCUGUCUACAACCUUAUCAGAGCCUACCAGAUCCGUGGCCAUCAUGUGGCUCAACUCGAUCCUCUUGGCAUCCUCACAGCCGACAUUGAUUCUUUUGUCCCCUCAGAUUUGAUAACAACACUUGACAAACUUGGCUUCUAUAGCUUGGAUGAAUCUGAUCUAGACAAGACCUUCCAGUUACCAACGACAACAUUUAUUGGCGGUCAGGAGGCUGUACUUCCACUCAGGGAAAUCAUUCAAAGACUUGAGGCAUCAUACUGUGGCCAUAUUGGUGUGGAAUUCAUGUUUAUUAACAAUAUGGAGCAAUGUCAAUGGAUCAGGCAAAAGUUUGAGACGCCAGGCAUCAUGAAAUUUACUGACAGAGAGAAGAGGACCUUAUUGGCAAGGCUGGUGCGCUCAACACGUUUUGAGGACUUUCUGGCUCGCAAAUGGUCUUCAGAGAAGCGCUUUGGCUUGGAGGGAUGUGAGGUCCUCAUCCCUGCUCUGAAGAUGAUCAUCGACAAGUCUAGUGCAGCUGGCAUAGACAGUGUAAUCAUGGGCAUGCCUCACAGGGGUCGACUGAAUGUCCUGGCCAAUGUUGUCAGGAAAGAUCUCGAUCAGAUUUUUUGCCAAUUUGAUCCCAAACUAGAGGCUGCAGAAGAGGGCUCAGGAGAUGUGAAGUAUCAUCUUGGCAUGUACCAUGAGCGGAUCAACAGGGAAACGGAUAAGAACAUCACUCUGUCUCUUAUGGCUAACCCAUCUCACCUAGAGGCAGUGGACCCUGUAGUGCAGGGCAAAACUAAAGCUGAACAGUUCUACAGAGGAGACAAUGAAGGGAAGAAGGCGAUGUCCAUUCUCCUGCAUGGUGACGCUGCAUUUGCUGGCCAAGGCGUUGUAUAUGAAACCUUCCACCUCAGUGAGCUUCCCUCAUAUACCACUCAUGGCACCAUUCACGUUGUUGUCAACAACCAGAUUGGCUUCACCACUGAUCCUCGAAUGGCGCGCUCCUCUCCUUACCCCACCGAUGUGGCUCGUGUAGUCAACGCACCCAUUUUCCAUGUGAACGCUGAUGAUCCUGAGGCUGUGAUGCAUGUGUGCAGAGUUGCUGCAGAAUGGAGAAAUACCUUUAACAAGGAUGUGGUCAUAGAUCUGGUUUGUUACCGGCGCUUUGGCCACAAUGAGAUGGAUGAACCCAUGUUCACUCAACCUCUCAUGUACAAGCAAAUCCACAAGCAGGAGCAUGUGCUAAAGAAAUAUGCAGACAAGCUCAUUUCUGAAGGAGUCGUUACUCUGCAGGAGUUUGAGGAGGAAGUGGCUAAGUAUGACAAAAUUUGUGAAGAAGCAUACACCAGCUCCAAAGAUGAAAAGAUACUCCACAUCCGUCACUGGCUGGACUCACCCUGGCCAAAUUUCUUCACAGAUGAAGGGGAACCGAAGUGUAUGAGCUAUUCUCCCACAGGGCUCCCUGAGGAUGUCCUGAAGCACAUCGGCCAGGCUGCCAGCUCUGUCCCUCAGCAAGACUUCUCCAUUCACAGUGGAGUGUCGAGGAUCUUGCGAGGCCGCGCCGACAUGGUUAGUAAGCGUACCGUGGACUGGGCUCUUGGGGAGUACAUGGCCUUUGGUUCCCUGCUGAAGGAUGGUGUCCAUGUGAGACUGAGUGGGCAAGAUGUGGAGAGAGGAACCUUCAGUCAUCGUCAUCAUGUCCUACAUGACCAGGAAGUGGAUAAGCGCAUUUGUGUUCCAAUGAACCAUCUAUGGCAGAACCAAGCUCCUUACACAGUGUGCAACAGCUCCCUGUCUGAAUAUGGAGUUUUAGGUUUUGAGCUGGGUUUUGCUAUGGCCAGUCCCAAUGCCCUUGUGUGCUGGGAGGCUCAGUUUGGGGAUUUCCACAACACGGCACAGUGCAUCAUAGACCAGUUCAUUAGUCCGGGUCAGGCCAAGUGGGUCCGAAACAAUGGCAUUGUCCUUCUGCUACCCCAUGGCAUGGAGGGAAUGGGCCCAGAGCACUCAUCAGCAAGGCCUGAGCGUUUCUUGCAGAUGAGCAAGGAUGACCCUGAUCGCUAUCCAGAAUUCACUGGAGACUUUGAGGUCCAACAGCUUUAUGACUGUAACUGGAUCGUGGUCAACUGCUCAACACCUGCCAACUACUUUCAUGUCCUGAGAAGGCAGAUCCUAUUACCAUUCAGAAAGCCACUAAUUAUUUUCACUCCCAAGUCCUUACUGAGACUCCCUGAGGCCCGCUCCAGCUUUGAUGAGAUGACCCCAGGAACUAAGUUCAAAAGAAUCAUACCAGAUGAGGGUCCUGCAUCUAAAAUCCCAGGGGCUGUGAAGAGGGUCAUCUUCUGUACAGGCAAAGUCUACUAUGAGCUAGAAAAAGAGAGAAAACAACUCGGGCUGGAGGACAGGAUUGCAAUUGUCCGAAUGGAGCAGAUAUCACCAUUUCCAUUUGACCUUAUCAAGAAAGAAGUUGAGAUGUACAGCAAUGCUGAGCUCAUAUGGUGUCAAGAAGAGCAUAAGAACAUGGGUUAUUAUGACUACAUAAGACCACGUUUCCUUAGUGUGCUCUCCAACAAGAAACCAAUAUGGUACAUUGGCCGUGACCCUGCUGCAGCCCCUGCCACAGGAAACAGAUUCACACACCUGGCAGAGCUGAAGAAGUUCAUGACCACUGCAUUUGACCUCAAUGCAUUUGAGGGCAAGAGCUUUUAAUGCUAAUUAACUACUUUAAAUAUUCCUUAGACUUGGUUCUUUAGCCUCAUGGAAACCUUGCUUUCAAAGCACAAUGUGUACCUACCAAUAGAGUAAUCCUGUAUCAUUCAGGUUUUGAUUGCUAUGUUCAUCUGUUUUAGAAAUUAAUAUACAUAUGUUUAGUCAUACUCAAGAACUAAUACAGAUAUUAAUAGAAUAUGUUAGUAGAAUUCAUAUGUGCAUCAAUGCUGGGAUCACUUAAAGCAUAAUUUAUCAGUGCUUUUGAAAUCAGGUUAUUCUUGACUACACUCUUUUCUUUUCCCUCAUCUCUCAUCACUUUGUGCCACACCUGGCUUCAUUCUGUGACACCAAACAGAUGGCAUAGUGACAAGCAACAAUAUUCUUUAUGGCUGCCAUGAUAUUCUUAGUUGCUCAUAAUUAGGACUGUCCUUUUGGGACUAUGAAGUAAGGCUAGUGUGCUUAUAAAACACGAGUCAAUAAAGGAUAGAAACUACACCUUCAUAGAUAAAUGUCUUCGUUAAAAGCGACAUGACAAUAUAAGCCUGGCUCUGUCUGAGUUCUGAGCAAUAAUGGUAUAAAAUGACUAUUACAAAUAA